AGGAGCAGCAUGUGUACUAUGAAGAUGUUAUUACAGUAGGCUGCUUUUACAGUUAAACUUUAAACACAAAUUAUUGAUAUGAUAUGAUAAUCACGUAUAUAAAUGCUGCCUUUGGAUGUUUUUCCCUUGGAACACAGUUCAGUUUCGAUUCGUGACACGUUUUGAUCCCUAUUUUGACAGAAAUUUGACUUUUUAUGGCUGAGAUGGAGCAAAGGUAUGUGGCCUCCAUGGUUCUUAGUGGAGCUGGUGAUGCCAUGGGUUACCACAAUGGAGAUUGGGAGUUCUGUAAUAGUGGGGAGACGAUCCAUAAGGAGCUGGCUCUGAUGGGUGGCCUGACGUCACUGAACGUCACAAAACUCUGUGUGAGUGAUGACACGGUCAUGCACCUGGCCACAGCGGAGGCAGUGGUAGAGAUGAAGAAAGGGGCGAGUAUCUCCGAGCUGUUCCAGAUGUUGGCCCAAAAAUACAAAGAUUCCAUGCGGGACAUGGAUGGCAGGGCUCCAGGGGUAACUUGUAUGAAUUCUGUGCAUUUGCUGAGACCAAAAGUGGAGGGGGGCUGGAAGAUCCCCUUCAACCACAGGGGCGGAGGCUGCGGGGCAGCCAUGCGGGCCAUGUGUGUGGGCCUUAGGUUCCCCGAGCCAAGUCAGGAGGACCUGCUGGUAGCAGUGAGUGUGGAGAGCGGACGCAUUACCCACCACCACCCCACUGGCUAUCUCGGUGCCCUAGCUGCUGCCCUCUUCACCGCCUACGCUGUGAGGGGUAAGCCCCCGCUGGAGUGGGGCCGUGGCCUCCUCGAUAUAUUGGAAAAGGCCAAGGAGUACAUCAAGCAGUCAGAACACUGUGUUGAAGAAAACCUGGAGAAGUGGGACUACUUUGAGACUGCAUGGAGAAACUAUCUGCAGCUGAGGGGGAUACUGGAUGGAAAGAGCAAGCCACAGUUUCCUGAGAGCUACGGAGUGAAGGAGAGAGACGUGUUCUACAAGUCCCUCAGCUACAGCGGCAUAGCGGGCAGCAGUGGGCACGAUGCCCCCAUGAUUGCCUAUGAUGCACUCCUGAUCGCAGGUAGCUCCUGGGUUGAGCUGGCCCAUCAUGCCUUUUUCCAUGGCGGAGACAGUGACUCCACUGCAGUCAUUGCUGCUGCUUGGUGGGGUGCCAUUUAUGGCUUUGAGGGUGUCCCUGAAGCGAAUUACAAAAAGCUGGAGUACAGAAAAAGGCUGGCUAGCCUUGCACAAAAGCUGUAUGAGAUUCGGGACAAGCCAUUUCCUCUCCAACGCAAAACAGCCUUACAAACCUUUGCAGCAGCGCUUGAUGAGGCAGCUGAAUGAGGCAUGUCUAUAAGGACUUCUGGAUCAAAAUUUACCACAUAUACCACCAUGUACCUUAUAUGAACACAUUGACAAUACCCACUAAGCAUAGCACUAGCACUGAUACCUUAAUACAGUUUGUGACUUAUUUCAUGGAAAUUGUGACUCUGUUUGGCC